AUGUCCACCUUCCGGCAGGAGAAUGUGGAGGACUUCUAUGAGAUGGGGGAAGAGCUGGGCAGUGGUCAGUUUGCCAUUGUACGAAAAUGCCGGGAGAGGAAAACGGGUCUGGAAUAUGCUGCCAAAUUCAUCAAGAAGCGUCGGCUGUCGUCCAGCCGUCGGGGCGUGAGCCGGGAGGAGAUCGAGAGGGAGGUGGACAUCCUGCGGGAGAUCCAGCACCCCAACAUCAUCACGCUGCACGACAUCUUCGAGAACAAGACGGAUGUGGUGCUGAUCCUGGAGUUGGUCUCGGGUGGUGAGCUCUUUGAUUUCCUGGCUGAGAAGGAGUCCCUGACGGAGGAGGAGGCCACCCAGUUCCUCAAGCAGAUCCUGGACGGGGUGCACUACCUGCACUCCAAGCACAUCGCCCACUUCGACUUGAAGCCAGAGAACAUCAUGCUGCUGGACAAGAACGUGCCAAACCCUCGCAUUAAACUCAUCGACUUUGGGAUCGCCCACAAGAUUGAAGCUGGGAAUGAAUUCAAGAAUAUAUUUGGGACCCCGGAGUUUGUAGCCCCAGAAAUCGUGAACUACGAACCCCUGGGGCUGGAGGCCGACAUGUGGAGCAUCGGGGUCAUCACUUACAUCCUGCUGAGCGGAGCCUCCCCAUUCCUGGGGGAAACGAAGCAAGAGACCCUGACCAACAUAUCCGCCGUCAACUAUGACUUCGACGAGGAGUAUUUCAGCAACACCAGUGAGCUGGCCAAGGACUUCAUCCGCCGCCUGCUCGUCAAGGACCCCAAGAAGCGGAUGACCAUCGCUCAGAGCCUGGAACACCCUUGGAUUAAGGUGAUCAAGAGGAGGAAUGUCCGCAAUGAAGACAACUGCAAGAAGCCCGAGCGUCGCCGGCUAAAGACCACGCGCCUGAAGGAGUACACCAUCAAGUCCCACUCCAGCAUGCCGCCAAACAAUACGUACAUCAACUUUGAGCGCUUCUCCAAGGUCAUGGAGGAGGUGGCUGCAGCCGAGGAGAGCCUCCGAGAGCUGGAGAGGAACAAGAAGUCCUUCCAGGAGGACAUUGAGGCCCUGCUGUCCAUCUAUGAAGAGAAGGAGUCAUGGUACAAGGAGGAGAACGAGAGCAUCAGCCAGGACCUCCGCCAGAUCCGGCAGGAGCUGCAGAAGACGGAGGCCCUGAAGAAGCAGGCGCAGGAGGAGACCAAGAGCGUGGUGCAGGUGGCCAACGGCCUCAAGAGGCGUUACCGAAAGCUGGAGAACCACUACGAGGCGUUGGCCAAGCAGGUGGCUUCGGAGAUGAAGUUUGUCCAGGAGCUGGUGUGGUCCAUUGAGCGGGAGAAGCUGCAGAGCGGCGAGGGAGACGGCAGCAUCCGCUAG